UCCUAUUCUUAGUUGAAUCGCAUUAUAUAAUGAAUCGUUACUUAAGUAUACAAUAUAAAAAUCGGGAUACGUGUUCGCUAAAUCCUCUUUAAGCUUUUCUAAGGGAGGGAAAAGCAAAAAUCAGUAGAUGUCCCGAUUAAUCAGGAAGUUUUGUAUCACUGCUAUACGCUUUCAGAGUGUCGACUGAGCUCCCAUGUCUAACAGCGUUUUCACUACCUAAUCGUCAGGUCGCGUCGUAAGGGAGCAAUUGUCCCUUAAAAUUGGGUAGAGUAAAUCCCGCAUGCUGUAAAGCCCGCAUUAAGAUGGCAACAUCCUGUUUCUGGUCGGCUCUUUUGUUUAUGGCCCGUAAAAUACCGUUUCUUUGUUUGACGAAUUGCUGUUCGGACAUAAUUGCUUUUCUCUAUGGUUUUGACUUUUUUGGCGUUUACUUGCACUUUGUAUUCGCAUGUUAACUUUUGGUUUCUGGGAAACCUAAACUUUCAAGGUUAUAUAGUCGUGUUAAUUCUAAGAAAGAUAGAUUAUUAAAUUAACAGUGACAGUGCUUCACCGAUUACCUGAAUAGAAAUAGCGCUGUCUAGGCAGAUCAGUUUACUGAAACGUUUGUGCAAUAACGCUAACAUCAACAUGAAGUGCAAAUUAUGUUCAGAAGAAAAGAGCGGGCCGGAUCAUGAUAUUUCUCCAAAGCACUUGAAAAAUAAAGCUCUAUAUGACUAUUCAGUGGAGAGCAAGAAACAUGCUGGCAACAGAAAGGGUGCUAUUGUGGCAUGUAGUGUGAAAUCAUCAUUCACAAGUAUUAUUGACAAUGCUGAUCCAAAAAUUAAAAUUUCAGCGAAACCUAAGGAAGAGCUUAAAUUCAUUUUUACUGUUUACAAUGAAAGUAAAAAAGAAGAUUUAUUAGUAGUCUUCAUUCAAAUCCCUACAAAUAAGUUGAACUUCGUAAUGAACAACCAUGGUUUGAAUAAAGGAGGUGCACCUCAAUGUUUAAAGCCAAAGCAAAAGCUAGAAAGGGAUGUUUGUGUGACAUUCCGAUCUGAUGAAAUAGGCCAAUACCAAAUGCCUGUAGGGUUCUUAUUGCAGAAGAAAGAUACGAAGGAAAAUAUUUUUAUCAUUAGAGACAUGGUAGUAUUUGUAGAAGAGAAACUGAGGCAGCAUCAGAAGUUGCAUAGUCCGUACGCUGACAAAGAAGUUAAGGCAAAUAUUCUCCUGAAGACCGAUAUGGGAAGCAACAAUGACACGCACGUAUUCGGCAUUCCGAAGAACUACAAGCAGAUUUACGCCAGCGGACUCAAGGUGCAGGAAGGCGCUCCCGAAGAGAUGAAACAUAUGGCCGAAGAUAUCAAAAAAUGUCUGGACGACGGCGCUACCAAAGAAAACUACGUUAGAUUUUUUCACAACCUACUGUGGUACGAAGAGACUAUCGUCAGAAUCAAUUUAAAAAAGUACAACAUGAGCGAGGUUCCCCUAAAGGUGGUGAUGCCGGGCUACGUGUACUCGCUGCUGGUGCCCGGCCUCGCCGAGAAGCGGCCCUCCCUGCUCGUGGGUGAUUUGUUGUUCAUCAAGCCCUCGAAUACAGACGAAGAGAUGUUCGAGGGAGUUAUUUCCGAAAUCAACCACAACACCAUAUCAAUCAAUGGCCUCCAUCAAAAGUUCGGUAAGCACUACAGCGCCGAGGCUCGGUUCGACGUGCGCUUCUUCCUGUCGCGGAUGUCGCUGGAGCGGAUGCAUAUGGCCGUCGACUCUGUGUUCCGCCACGGCUUCGAGGACAAAGUAUUCCCCAAGAGGAACCCUAAAGCUAAGCCGCUUCAAGAUAAUCUGAUAACAGAAUUCUAUAACUCGGACGUGGGGCGAAAUCCCGAACAACGCGCCGCCGUGAACCGCAUCCUGCACGCGGCGGGGUCUCCGGCCCCCUACCUGCUGCACGGCCCCCCCGGCACCGGCAAGACGCGCACGCUCACCGAGGCCGCGCUGCAGCUGGUGGCCCGCAAUAAAGACGUGCGCGUGCUGAUCUGCACGGACUCCAACAUGGCGGCGGACCACGUGGCGGUCGCCAUCGCGGAGUACGCGGAUAAAUUCCCCGCCAACCUGCUGCUGCGGGCCAGCUCCAAGUACCGCGUCUGGGAAACUCUUCCCAAGAACUUGUACAAGUACUCGAACGGUACCAGCGCCCGCGACUAUGAGAACGUGAGCACGGAGAAGUUCCGCUCCUACCGCAUCGUCGUCACCACGCUGCUGCACUCCGCCAAGUUCGUCAGACAGCUGAAAGGCCAGCGUUGCUUCACGCAUCUAUUCAUCGACGAGGCAGCGCAGGCGUCGGAGCCCGCAUGCCUCGUGCCGUGCGGCCUACUGAAGGAGCGCGGCCGGCUGCUGCUGUGCGGCGACCACCUGCAGCUGGGGCCCUGCGUCAUCUGUCGGCGCGCCGCCAGCCACGGGCUAGGAAAAUCCCUGAUGGAGCGCCUGAUGGAGAUGGAACUGUACAAGAGCGAAGACCCCGACUACGUGAUGAUGCUGCUCAACAACUUCCGCUCCGACAGAGACAUCCUGCAGCUGCCCAACGAGCUCUUCUAUAAGAACAAACUUAAUCCGUGCGCCGGACAGGACGCGCUGAGUUCUCGCUGCAUACUGUCGGAGCGCCCUCACAGUCGCGCCGUAGUGUUCCACGCCGUGUUGUCUCACGAGCAGCGACACGGGAAGUCGCCCAGUUACUAUAACAUGAUGGAGUUGGAGUUGAUCCAGAAGUACGUGAAGGCGUUGAUCCAGAACCACGGCGUCAAGGAGGAGGAGAUCGGCAUCGUGGCGCCUUACAUCAGACAGGUGUACAAGACCAAGGAAUGGCUGUCAACAGCCGGGUACUUCCGCGUGGAGGCCGGCACCGUGGAAGCCUUCCAGGGGAAGGAGAAACGGGUCAUCAUCAUCUCCUGCGUGCGGGCCAACCACCAGCUGCUGGCCCACGACGCGCGCUACCAGCUCGGCUUCCUGGUCGACGACAAGCGUUUCAACGUGGCUAUCACCCGCGCCCGCGCAAAGGUGAUAGUGAUCGGCAAUCCCCUCGUGCUGCGUUGCGACGACAAGUGGCGCCGGUACAUCGACCUGUGCCAGCACCUCGGCACCUACUACGGCCUCACCGCCGACCAGCUGCGGCAGGAGCCCAUGCUGGGGGACAUACAGCCCAUGCUGCAGCAUAUGAGGCUCGACCACCUCGACGGCAACUAGACCGCACCGAUACCUGCACCGGCCACCCGGCGCGC